UUCUCGGGGCAACGGUAGGCAAGAUGAUUUAUAAACAAAAAAUGAGCUUACAAAAUGCCAAUAAUUGUAUUGAAUUUUGAAAUAAAAGUAUUACAAAAGCUUUAAAUAUUGUACAGUUGUCUAUAAACGAUUUACACAGUAUAAAAUAAUAAUACGAGAUGGCUUCGAUAAGCGUACGGGACCAGAAGAUCGAACAGCAACGCCAAAUAAUGGAGCAGAAAAUGAAACAAAAGAGGCAGAAUUCUGGUAUGGUCCAAGCCAAUGAUCUAAGAGUAAGUUCUGCUAAGCGCCCUAUAUCUGGAAGUCGCUCUCGAGAACUACACGGCUAUGAUGGUCCGAUGCAAUUUCUCAUGUCUCCAGUAAAUCCGGACCAAGUUAUCCCUCUCCAAACAAAUAGAAUAUCAACAUAUGAUGAACUUGGGAACCAAAUAGAAGUAUUAACAGUAGGCGAUGAUGUUGGCGAAGGUAGCGGUGAGGAGGAAGGCGAAAGUGUACCAGUGUGCAGUAUGGGACGAGAUGCCAGUACUGACGACGUCUGUACGGAUGCAGCGGUUGCUCCUUUGCAGAAUAGGGCACAGAGGGAUGUCUCACCCAGCCAGACAGCAGAAAUCGAAGGGUCAGUGGAAGGGUCGGUAGAGACGUUCGUGAUAACGCCGGCCAAGCACGGCACGCUCUACAAGUGCAGGAUAGCGCGCGACAGGAAGGGCAUGGACAGAGGGCUGUAUCCCACUUACUUUCUGCAUCUCGAGAAAGAUUAUGGCAAGAAAGUGUUUUUGUUGGCUGGCCGCAAACGCAAGAAAUCCGCGACAUCAAACUACCUAAUAUCAACAGACCCAACUGAAUUAACUCGCCAAGCAGACAGCUUUGCAGGCAAAUUACGAUCCAAUCUGCUCGGUACUGCGUUCACUGUGUAUGACAAUGGUAAAGCGUGGAGGAAGACCCACAGAGACCCGCCUAGGCAUGAACUGGCUGCUGUUGUCUACGACACAAACGUCCUCGGUUUCAAAGGCCCCCGCAAAAUGACGGUCAUCCUCCCCGGAAUGACACCGGACCGUCAAAGAGUGACAAUAGCCCCUCAAGAUGACAGCGAAUCGCUGCUAGAACGUUGGAAAAGCCAAAACUUCGACGACAUCGUCGUUUUGCAUAACAAAACUCCAGUGUGGAACGACGAGACUCAGUCCUACGUUCUCAACUUCCACGGAAGAGUUACACAGGCAAGUGUGAAGAACUUUCAGAUUGUUCACGAUUCGGAGCCAGAUUACGUGGUGAUGCAAUUUGGGAGGAUUUCCGAGGAUGUCUUCACUAUGGAUUUCAGGUAUCCGUUGUGCGCUCUGCAAGCGUUCGGUAUAGCGCUCAGUUCGUUUGACAGCAAAUUGGCUUGUGAAUAGAUUUUUUUAUCUGUGGUUCACAUGUUUUCAAACGAUUUUUCUGGUGUUUUAUUUUUUCAAAAUCAAUAAACUAACAUGAAAUAUGGUUCAUAACCGACUUCCAAAAAGUAUUUAUUUUUCAAUGUAAUUUUGUCAGUCAACUUUAAAGUUUAUUAUCGGUUGACUUUCAAAGAAAACCUGUGAAAUACAAACCUUUGGACACCUAGCUAUGUUAAUGUAUUACUCAAACAUGUGAAUCACAUAGUUUUUAGGUUGUUUUAAUGUAAUGUAGAUAGUUUAUACAAUCAUGUUUUCUUACACACUGAACUUUAGUAGUUGUUUUAUCAAGUUUUUGACAAAAAGGUCACGUUAGAAUGAUCACGUGGAUUUAGAGGCUAAGGGCGAUCAGCCGAUCACAAAGUGCGUACCGUACGCAAUUUAACGUACGGAGUUGAUUAUGUACGUUCAGCUACAUAAUUUGUAAAGUUAGGGGCACUUUCGUAAAAAAAAUGUUCAUAUUAACGGUAAAGGUGAUCACAAAGUCAGUAUCGUACGCAAAUUAACGUACUGAGUUGGUAAUAUACAUUCCGCUACAUAGUUUGUUAAGUUAUGGGCAACUUUCGUAAGAAAAUGUUCAUAUUAACGGUUAACGAAAUCAAAUAGCAGCGAAAGUAGAAACUCUUAAACACGUGAUCGUUAAAAAAAUCACAUAUUAUCGUCAAACGAGCAUUUACAAUAUUAUGUAGAAUAGAAAAAGUUGUUAAAGUUUUCGCCCACUACAUAGGUCCAUAUUCUACCGGCCUAAGGGCGCCAUCAAAAGUGCCGCGCGGAGACAGUGCGACUGCAGCGCUGUGCCCGCGCUGCUUUGUAAAGCCACAUCAUUUCAAUCAAUGAAUUGAUGUGUGGCAGCAGCGGGGUGUAGCGUUGCAGUCGAGCGUUUUUAGCGUUUCGUACUUCAAAAG